GAAAGAGAACCUGCUAACACAAAGUGUAGAUAACCGGGCUUCCUUUGUCGUCAUAGGUUGCAUUGCGUGACACAAAUAUUUGUCACUCAACAGGAUCGCUUCGACAACCAUCAGUAAUGGAAGAAGAUAGACCAGUUAAACGUAUUCUAGCUUUUGGAGAUAGUCUAACUGAAGGACACACGUUCACCUUGACGCACAUCGACCCUCGCUAUAACCAUCCUUACACGAUAAAAUUACAUGAACUUCUGAAAGACAAUUUCAAGACACUCGACUUCAAGAUCGACAAUGCAGGCAUAUAUGGCCAGCUUGCACAAAAAGAAAUGACUGCUAGGCUUCCAAAAGUCCUGAAAGAAAAAGGACCSUACGAUUUGGUCAUAAUUCUUGGAGGUACAAAUGAUUUAGGCGAGAUGUUUACACUUGGAGAGGAAAARCUUGUCUUUGAAGCAGUCCAAGAACUCCACUUGACCGCACUUGCAAGUGGCGCAAGAACUAUUUUAAUAACGAUACCCGAGAGUGAUUAUAUCUACGAAAACAUGGGGAAAGACGGCACUUCGUAUKUCAAGGAGCAAGGCGAACAAGGGAGAUGUUUAAUCAAUGAAAUGCUGAGAGAAUUUGAUGGGAGGACUCCAGGGGUGGUGUUGUGUGACCUUGACAAAGAGCAUCCCCACACCACCCUUAGUCAGGAAGAUAAAGUCAAAUAUUGGGAUGAUGGAUUGCAUUAUACACCAGCAGGCUAUGAUAAAAUGGCUGAGAUUAUUUUUGAAAAAAUUAAACAUCUGCAAUGGUUCUGAUUUUUGCUCCCACAUGAUUUCUAGUCGGCUGGGUUGCUGAGGGUAUAUCAUGAAUAAUUAAUUCUGAUGCAUUUGUAUAACAGAGCCCUACUUAUUUKUAAUGUAAUAAAUUUAAUAAUGUAAUAAUAAUAAUAAUUACAAUAAUAAAAUAUAAUAUACAACCCCUUGAGAUAUUUUUGGUUCCCUCUCUUUUGCAGAGCAAUUUUUGUAACAUGGAUUUUUUUUAACACAUUGGAUCAAUAUAGCCUCUUGGACAUAUUUUGUAUAAACCUCUUGCAUCUACUGGUAAUGCAGUUUCAUCUGGAGGACAAAACAAUGGAUUUUAUUUAACAGKASAGUGUUUUUGAGGAGUCUUUGGUUUUGAUCACCACAUGAAGCUGYUAUAACAUCACACAAGAGGUUGAUAACAUAARGAUUUUUAUAGAAUAUGGAUCAAUAUAUCUGCCAAACAUUGCACAGCAAUACACUGGAACUGCUACUAAAAAGGCUAGGAUCAAUAUGGAGCAAUAUUAGAAUUUAAUUUUUGUACUUUGCCCCCUUUAUAUACUUAG